UUUUCAUUCUAAUUGUGUUUAUAAUGAUGAUGAUCACAUCAUUUUUUCAAUGUGAUCGUUUAGAUAAUUUAAUGAGUAAACAUUGGCAUUAUUGUGGACAAAGUUUACAUCAACGUAACAGAAUAAUAAUGUCAAAUAAAACAACGACAACAGCAACUGAUGAUAAUCAAUUCUCAACCAAACCACAAAAUCAAACAACGUUUGAAGCAAGAUUUGAUUUUAUACUUAAAUCACAACAUGAAUGUUCAUAUGAUGAUGAUGAUGACAGUAAUGAAUUAUCUGCUAGAAUUGUUGGUGGUCAAAAUGCUGAACGAAAUGAAUUUCCAUGGCAAAUUUCAUUACGUCGAUAUAAUAAAAUCCUGAAUAAAUGGUAUCAUUCAUGUGGUGGUGUUGUAAUCGAUUCACAUUGGAUUCUAACGGCUGCACAUUGUGUUCUUGGUUCGAACGAUCCAAAUCAUUAUCGUGUACGUUUAGGUGAAUAUGAUUAUAGUAUGGAUGAAGGUUAUGAAUUAGAUUACAAUGUUAGUCAUAUUUUUGCACAUAAUGAUUUUAAUUUUCAAACCGUUGAACCGGAUAUUUGUCUAUUGAAAUUAUCAAAAGAAAUUGAUUUUGGUCCUGAUUCAAAUAUUCGUCCAAUAUGUUUUACACAAUUACCACCAACAACAAAUAGCACCAGAAUUAUUGAAUCGUUUGUUGAAAAAAAACCUUCAACGUGUAUAUCAACUGGUUGGGGAAAAACUGUAUUUCGUGAGUUUGAACAAGAUGGAGAAUUUCCAAAAAUUCUACAAAAAGUAUGUGUAAAUAUUGUUGAUCAUCAAGAUUGUCGUCGACGUUAUUCUGAAGUUAUCAAUGUUACCGAUACAAUGAUCUGUUUAGGUGAAGGUGGUAGUGGAACAUGUGAAGGUGAUUCUGGUGGUCCAUUUCAAUGUAUAGAUAAUUUAAUGAUGAAGAAUGCAAUUGAAGCACAACCACGAUGGUCAUUAUAUGGAUUAACAUCAUGGGCAAUUGGUUGUGCUGAAGAUCAAUUUCCAUCAGUAGCAACAAAUAUUUUGGCAUUACGUGAAUGGAUUAAUGCCCAAAUGCAAGAAUCAAAUCUAAACGUAUAAACAAAUAUACAGCUUUCGAUAUGGGAAAAUUGCAAAUGAAUUUUUUUUUCUUUCCGUCCGAUUCUUUGGAAAAUCAAUUUCAAUGAUUUACUUUAAAUUCUGUCAAUAUAUCAACGGUCA